AUGCGAAUGAUCAUUAUCCCUUGUUGUCUUGCCCUGUUUGUGGCGCUCGUGGCAUCCGAGGGCACUGCUGCAGCGGAGAAACAAGUAGGUGACCAGAAAGCUGCCCAGGCGGCUGCUGGUGAAUCCCAGGCGCACGAGAAGCGCGGACUUCAUGACUCCCUCGGGGAUUUCUCCUUCGGUGGCCACGAUGAUCAUCACGAUCAUCACCAUCAUCACGAGCACGUGAAGACCAUCACCAUCGAGAAGAAAGUCCCUGUGCCCUACACCGUUACCAAGCAUGUUCCAUACACCGUGGAGAAGAAAGUCCCCUAUGAGGUGAAGGUGCCCGUGCCACAGCCCUACUAUGUGGAGAAGAAGGUGCCCUACACCGUCAAGGAGUACGUCAAAGUGCCGGUUCAUGUGCCCCAGCCCUACACCGUUGAGAAGAAGGUCCCAUAUGAGGUGAAAGUUCCCGUGGACAAGCCCUACGAGGUCAAGGUCUUAGUUCCUAAGCCCUACACCGUCGAGAAGAAGAUCGAAGUGCCCGUCAAGGUGCCAGUCCCACAGCCCUACGAGGUCAUCAAGAAGGUCCCAUAUGAGGUCAAGGUCGAGAUCCCCGUGCCCAAGCCCUACACCGUCACCAAGCACGUCCAUGUUCCCGUGAAGGUGCCCGUCGACAAGCCCUACAACGUCUAUGUGCCCAAGCCCUACAAGGUUGAGGUUGAGAAGCCCUACCCAGUCGUCGUGGAGAAGAAGGUCCCAUAUGAGGUGAAGGUGCCCGUUGACAAGCCCUACAAGGUGUACGUGGAGAAGCCCUACAAGGUGGAGGUGAAAGUGCCCGUGCCCCAGCCCUACACGGUGGAAAAGAAGGUGCCCUACACGGUGGAGAAGCCAGUGCCCUAUGAGGUGAAGGUGCCCAUCGACAAGCCCUUCCCCGUCUACAAGGAGGUCAAGUUCCCCGUGACCAAGGAAGUACCUGUCCCAGUGAAGGAGUACGUGCACGUGAAGGCCCACCACGAGGAGGAGCACCACCACUUCGAUGAACACGACUUCCAUCAUCAUCACUAAAUCACUCUGAGGGUCCAAAACACUCCUCCAUCCAAGUCUCGAGACCCGUCUUUACCCAUUCUUCAUCACACCAUCCAAGCAGGUUCAUCGUACAAAGUGACUAAUCCUCUGCACUGCGCUCCUUCACGCCUCUCGCCACCUCAUCAGAACGACUCACCUAUUUAAAGCCCCCAUUCGAAGUAUUCUCAAAGAGCGGACCAAAAAGAACGAUGACGAGGAAUUUUCAUUGGAAACACAUAGAAAAGCCGGAUCGCCGUCAUGAAAAUUACAUUCUCUCCA